AUUGCAUUGGUAGAAUAUUUCCAUGGUAGCAUUCUAUUCCCAGUAAAAGAAAAGAAAACAUGUAGAGAACAACUGAGAAUGACACUUCAAUAAAAUAAAAUAAAAAAAUGCGGAAAGUGGGGUUCCAGGUAUCUCAAGAGUCUGCCUCGGAAGAUGGAGAACCGCCAGGCCACGCAAGAAAACGGGAUUUCAACGCUGCAUACUCAGAUUCAAACUCUUCGAUCGACGAUGGAUCAGAAAUUAAUACAACCGUACAUCAGAGUUUACUGGAAAACAAAGAUCUCCUUGCCCUCGGUGCAGGUACAACAGAACAUAAAGACCCCGAUCCUGAAUCCCCGCAAUGGUACAAGGAGCUGAACGAGGAGCAUGUACAAGCAUUCAGAGAGGUAUUCGAACUUCUUGAUGCUGAUGGUGGUGGAAGUAUUGACGCAUCUGAACUGUACGUAUGCUUGAAAGAUUUGGAACUGGGCAUAACUAAGGAGGAGAUUGAAGUUGUACUUCUUGAUCUGGAUAAGGACGGCAAUGGCGAAAUUGAUUUCGAUGAGUUUCUGUACGCUAUGACUGAAACAGAGCGCUUCUUGGAUAACUUACCCGACGACGACACUGGGAAGACAGAUGCCCGUGGAUACAGCGACAGACAGACCCUUUUCUUCAGUGCAAUUACGAAAUUCGCUAUUAAAAACUCAGUUGGCUCAGUUGGGCGUUACUAUUCCAACAAAGCGAGGCAGAUGCCUCAUGUGCUACAUCACUACACCGCUGGGGCACGACUUAUAGGUCUCACCGACCGGCAACUCGCGCGCCAUUUAAAACAAAUGCAAUCGGACAACAAAGGCAAUAAAUCACCAUAUGCCCAACCGUUACAAUUUGUCAUCUCAUCCGGAACCCCUAAAAAGAGAAAGAUAAGGAGACGCCCUGCAACAGCCGCAAAGGCCACAGCGACCACAUCCACACGUAGACCUGCAUCUGCUCAUGCCAUUAAGCGGGGACCUUCGUACGACAACAACACGCUGAGUGCAGAGGAGUAUGAGUACAUGAUGCGACAAAAGGGAUCGUUCAGAGGGAGGAGGACUGCAGUCACAUCAGAAUCACCGGAGUUGAAGAAAAUUUUGAAAACAUUUGAACACUGGGCAGAGAAGGGAAGCGUAAUGGCUAAACUACCAGGUGCCCAUUUGGUUCCAGAAGUGAAGAAAAGAAUAGAAGACGGGGCACUAAAUGAAGACAAUCCUUUGUGCAGUAGCCUCAGAAAGCGCAAACAACACCAGAAAACACAGAAAGCUCUUUCAGAAGCUGAAUCUGGCAAAGUAAACAAGAAGGGGAAGCCUAAGCCGAGAGGUUGGACCAUACCACGAAUAGAAAUGGGUCAGGUUGAGCUGCCAUUGCUUAAAGUCAACAAGAACUUCAAGGGCUUCACCAUAGAAGAUCUCCCAAAUAUAAGAACCAAGGUAUCUGAUGUGAUAGACGAUUACUACACCGCGCUAAGACGAUUAAAGGUGAAGACGGCAUUCGAACAUUGGGAGAAUUUACACACUGACAAAAUCCCAACUGUGAACCUACAAGAGAGUUUCAGGAGGGUUUAUAGGGCUUACUCUCCACACGCGGAGAACGAGGUGUUUGUCGUAUGUCCUUGGAUACCGGGCCCAGGAUAUACUGGUGUAAGAUCACCCGAGCACACAUACCGCCCUACUAGUGCAUAUAGUGGCUAUAGUAGCUAUGACGAUUAUGGAAACCAUUUCUCAAAAUGUAAAACAUGACCUUAUCAUAAAUAUAGUUUGGAUAUUACUUUCUCGCAUAUUGCAUUGUUUAACUGUUCGACAUUCAUUUGACAUCAAACGUGUAUUAUGACAUAAACUUUUUUUAACUACCAAGCGAUCUCUAAGCACAAGUGGCUGUUAACAACUAUAAGUGCCUUUAAAUCAUUGUGUGGGUAGACAGCAUAAAAUGGGAAAGUGAAGAGGCGUGUCAAAUAAAAUACAAUUUGUAAAAAUCAAUUUCAAUAACAAUAGAAAAUAAAAAGUCUAAAUGUGAUAUUUUAUU